AAGAGCAGGACCAACAGGCCCAAAACGACUGCUGAGAGGCCAGGCCAGCCACAAACCGUGAGGGCUGUGAUGCUGCAUUUGGCAUACCAACCACUGCUUCCCACUGGGAGCAAAUACCUCCAGCUGAAAUGGGACCAGGCUUCAUAUGACAUGCACAGGAGAAAGGUGAAAUCAGCUAAACCAACAAUAAACACAACACCACCCACGACCUACAAUCACCUGGCUCUCAAGCAGAAGAAACAGAAGCUCGAAGAGCAGCGGAUGAUGAAGAUUCAGAAGGAAAACAACAUGCUUCUGGAGAAAAUAUCACACAUCAUGAGGACCACCGGACGAAUUGACAACAGGAAUGACUAUGAGAGGAAAAGUCUUGGCAGGGAGAGGCGACAGCUGGAGAUGCUCCGUAUUACCAAGGAGAAUCAGAUGAUCUUAUUCCGUCUGAGCCAAUGCAGGCCUCACUAUAAUGUGAGGAUCUGGCAUGAGGACUGGCUCAAGACUCUUAAGGUGAUGGACAGCAUUGCACGUUACCCACGAGGAUGGGCACAGCAGCAAAAGGACAAAGAAAAAUCCUGUCAGAAGAGCAGUGACUGCGAAAAUGAAGAAAAGACCAGCACUGAUGCAACAGGACGUACCGCUGAAAGCAACACGACCAGUGGCAAAGCAGAAAGUGAGGAGAAGGGAGAGAGGAAAGACGCCAGCAAGGAGGAAGCAGAGGCACUGGUCCAAGGGGGGGCAGGAACACACACUGCUCCCAAACUGAGCGCUCCUGAUCUGAUAACAAAUACAAGAAACAAACAUCCUCAUGCAGCUGAAAGUUCUCCCUCGUCUGAUAAAACUGAAAUGUCAAACACCCCUAACACAACACGUGUCAGCAGGCCGUGCACGCCUGACACACAAACACAUGAGCAGGAGACUGCAGGCAGUGACUACAAGGACACAACUUAG